AUUGUAUCUCCACAUUCGCAGUUCCCUCCCGGUAGUUUGGGAUGAACCGGGUGUUCCAGGCUGUGCAGAGAUCCCGCACGAGCGAGCGACGCCAGCAGCGACGCGACACGCGCAGGAAUCAUGGACGCCCCGCGCCACACCGCCCCUCUCUGAGCUCUUCGCUGUCCUCACGCCCGUGGUGCUGAAAUCAGCCUCGACCCGACAGCAAUGUAACGGCAAUGAGACAAAGACACCGGCAGCCCGACGAACAGACCGAUAAUGGACGAUGAUUUGUUUCAGUUAAGACAGCUCCCAGUGGUGAAGUUCCGGCGUACAGGUGAAAGCACUCGCUCAGAGGAUGAAUAUUGCAGCAGGGAAGAGGCUUUGCAGAUGGAUGGAGGACGGACGGAUAUGGAGUCUGUUUCCCUGGCUGAUGGUGCUCCGGUUCCUCGGGAGUUUGCCAACCCCACUGAUGAUACCUUCAUGGUUGAGGAUGCAGUGGAAGCCAUUGGCUUCGGGACAUUCCAGUGGAAACUAUCCAUCCUUACUGGACUUUCAUGGAUGGCCGAUGCCAUGGAGAUGAUGAUCCUCAGUAUAUUGGCCCCUCAACUGCACUGUGAGUGGGCACUGCUCAGCUGGGAGGUGGCACUGCUAACUUCGGUAGUGUUUAUUGGAAUGAUGAUCAGUUCUUCAUUAUGGGGCAACAUAUCUGAUAAAUAUGGGAGAAAAACAGGUUUGAAGAUGAGUGUAUUUUGGACCUUGUUUUAUGGCCUCCUCAGUGCGUUUGCACCUAUAUAUGGAUGGAUCCUGUUCCUCAGAGCUCUGGUGGGCUUUGGCAUUGGAGGGGCUCCACAAUCAGUAACAUUGUAUGCUGAGUUUCUCCCCAUGCGGUCCAGAGCCACUUGCAUUCUGUUGAUUGAGAUCUUCUGGGCUUUGGGUACAGUAUUUGAAGUGCUCCUGGCUAUUUUGGUGAUGCCAACCUUAGGCUGGCGCUGGCUGCUGGCCUUCUCCACCAUUCCACUCUUCAUUUUUGCUUUUCUUUGCUUUUGGCUGCCGGAGAGCGCUCGUUACGACGUCCUGACAGGAAAUAAAGAGAAGGCUUUAAACACACUCAAACGCAUUGCUACAGAGAAUAAUGUACCCAUGCCGCUGGGAAAACUCAUAGCAGCCAGACAGGAGGACAGGGGGAAAAUUCAAGAUCUUUUCUCUCCACACUUCCGUUUGACCACUAUUCUGCUCUGGUUCAUAUGGUUCUCUAAUGCAUUCUCAUAUUAUGGCGUGGUUUUGCUGACCACUGCACUUUUCCAGGAGGGAGGCGCCUGUGGUCAGGCGAAGGGCAGUAAAAUGGAGCCAGGUUGCAGUUUGGAGUGCAAAUAUCUGAAUUCAGAUGAUUACAAAGACCUUUUAUGGACCACACUUUCUGAGUUUCCUGGCCUGCUGGUGACCCUGUGGGCGAUUGAUCGAUUAGGGAGAAGGAUGACUAUGGCACUGUGUUUCUUUGUCUUCUCUCUCUGCAUUGUGCCACUCUACGCCUGUGUGGGAAGGACUUCUUUGACAGUAUUUAUAUUCAUUGCAAGGGCUUUCAUUGCUGGAGGUUUCCAGGCUGCAUAUGUGUACACUCCUGAAGUUUAUCCCACAGCAACGAGGGCACUGGGUUUGGGCACCAGCAGUGGGAUGGCUCGGGUUGGAGCGCUCAUCACACCAUUUGUGGCACAGGUGAUGCUGGAAUCCUCUGUGUACCUGACUCUGUCAGUGUACUGUUGCUGCGGUCUGCUGGCUGCUAUUGCUUCCUGUGCCCUGCCCAUAGAGACCAUAGGACGAGGCCUCCAGGAGUCCAGUCACAGAGAGUGGGGUCAGGAGAUGAUGGGACGGGCCUCAGAGCACAGCCCUGGAGGGAUUCCACAUUCCAGCUCUGGAUCACAGGACUAAGGCACACUACAUGUAGGUUUGGAAAAGACAUAGUCGAAGAAAGUGUUCUUAGUUUGAAGUGGGGAAUCUUUUCUGUAAAAAAAAGCAAUGUGUGUCCACAAAAGAAUAGCAGAUUUAAUGAUUUUAAGAACUGCUUGGUUUUGUCAGUCCAUUAAUGACACAU